AUGCGAGCGGCAGCUCAGACAUGCCUGGACCAAGUUGUCGAAGUAUUAUCAGUGGAAGCCCUGGACGACCACGAUGUUGCCACAAUUCAGAUCGACGAUGGUGACCCCGAGUGGGAGGACGACCUCAUCAAUGUCAUUGAGCUGGAGGACUGGGGAGACAUGAGACAAAAAGCGAGGAACAAGAAAAAGUCGUUGUCAGCAGGCCUUUGGUGCUGGCUGGCUUAUCGUGAGAUGUACCUUGAGGAGCUGAUUUGA